GCUGCGCCAGGAUUGUCUGCAUGGAGUGGAGUUAGCGAACUAGCUAGAUCGGUGGGCUGCGUUAUUUUGUGAAUUCAAACACUUAUAUUUGGGUUACGAAAGCACUGGCAUGGCAGAAGCGAUUCAAAGGAAAUUGCAGUCUGAGUUGGAAAAAUACCAACAGAUGCAAAAAGAUGUCAAUAAAAGCAUGUCGGCUCGACAGAAACUCGAGGCUCAGCUGACGGAGAAUAAUAUAGUUAAAGAGGAGCUAGACUUGUUGGACAGUCAAAAUACAGUUUACAAGUUAAUCGGACCAGUACUCGUGAAGCAAGAGCUAGAUGAAGCCAAGGCAACAGUGACUAAGAGGCUGGAGUAUAUAAAUGGUGAAAUCCAGCGUCAUGAGACGUUACUAAAGGAUCUGGAGAGAAAGUCUGAACAACAUCGUGAAAUUCUCGCCAGCCUGCAGCAGGAGUAUCAGCGUGCCCAGGGUAUUCCUGCUGGGAAAGUCUGACUGAUUAAUUAUAUUUACACAUUAUUUGGUCCAGUUUGCUGCGUCACUCCUCCCACCCUCACAGACAGAUGCUUUUCAUCAUUCACCAAAAAAAAAUGUUUGCAUUCUUUGUCAGUAGCCUGUUGUGAAUAAAGUUUGUUUCCUGGUGCUGUCUUCAA